AAUAAUAAUCGUAAGUCGUAACGUAAGGUUUUUAGUAGAAAAGCCUCGUCUGCUUCCAAAUAAUUCAAUCGCGAACGCUCCUUUUAAUCAGACCGGACCGGACCGGUUUGGUUCAAUCAAUCGAAUCGACCCGACCCGCUUAGAUCGAUGUGUGUGCUCUGUGAUUGACUGAUUUUCUCAGAGGGAUAAUCAGUGACACAUCGAGUCGAAGAAGAACAUACAUUUCUACUGAAUCAGAUCUGAUCUGCUUUGUCAGUUUUUAAACUGUUCUGAUCUAAUUGAGAUUUCUCAAUUCCACUCAAAAUCCUUUAAAGCUUGUCUCUUUUUGGUAUCUCUGAAUCAAUUUGGGGAAAUCAAGAGGAGAAGUGACAAUGGAUGCGUUUAGAAGACAAGCGAGUAAGCUUAGAGACCAAGUCGCAAAGCAGCAACUGGCUGUGAUAAAGCAAUUCAGUGGGACUGGUUAUGAAAGCUCAGAUGUAAUGGUGAUUGAUGAGCUUGAAAUGCAAAGGCAUCAUCAACUCGAUAAACUUUACCGCUCUACUCGUUCUGCAAAGGAGUUCCAGAGAGAUAUUGUUAAAGCAGCUGAGGCAUUUACCACGAUCGGGCUCAGACACAUUGAAGCAGGAACCAAGUUGUCUGAAGACUGUUGUAGGUAUGGGAACGAAAAUAGUCAGAACAUUGAUGAGAAUAUACUGGCCAAGGCUGCAGCUAUAUACGGUGAUGCACGGAAACAUGUAGACAAAGAACAAGAAGACUUCAACAAGCUUUUGGCUUCUCAGGUUUUGGAUCCUCUAAGAGCUAUGGUUGCCGGUUCUCCUCUUGAAGAUGCUCGUCAUCUUGCUCAACGUUACAGCCGCAUGAGACAAGAAGCAGAGACACAUGCAACGGAAGUCUCUAGACGGCAAGCACGUGUAAGAGAAGCUCCGAUUCCAGAAAACGUAGCAAAGCUUCAACUAGCGGAAGCAAAAAUGCAAGAGCUAAAAGCAAAUAUGGCAGUCCUUGGUAAAGAAGCAACUGCUGCAUUAGCCGCUGUUGAAUCACAGCAACAUAGACUCACUUUCCAGAGGCUUGUGGCUAUGGUUGAAGGGGAGAAGAAUUAUCACUUAAGAAUAGCAGCCAUCCUCAGUGACAUUGAAGCCGAGAUGGUAACCGAGAAACAACACAAAGAAUCUGCUCCUCCUGCGAUUCCAACAGAGAACGGCUCAGAGAAAACGUCAUACUUUCUUGCUGAAGUGAUUCAUCCAUUUUCCGCUGCUUCAGAGAAAGAGUUAGACUUGGACAAAGGAGAUUACAUCGUUGUCCGAAAGGUGAGCCAAACCGGUUGGGCUGAAGGAGAAUGCAAAGGCAAAGCUGGUUGGUUUCCUAUGGCUUACAUUGAGAAGCGACAGAGACUUCCCACUACCAACUUUGCUGCUGAAGUUUACUGAGUCUCUUCUUCAAAGAUUUCAUUUUUUCUUACAUUUGUGUCUGAAAACUUUGUUUCAGUUAUGUCCUGUCCCCAACAAACUACUACUCUUGUUCAUAUUUGUUGAUCCAAAAUAGAGUUUACCUCCAAAAAAUGUUUUAUUGAUUCUUCUUAUUGAAGAGUGUUCUUAAUGAAGAUAACAAGAAAAGGAACAAAUGAAACGUUUCUAACAUUUGGAACGCACUUUGUUAGAAAGCAAACCCAAAGAAUUCAAUUAGUGUGGUACGAGGCUUUUAAAGCUCGAAGUAAAAGGAUCUGUUUGUCUCAAAUUUAUGAGUUCCAAUGGACAAAAUUAACGAAUCAAUUCCAAAAAUUCUCUCUUUCAUUCCAACCAAAAACAAAAAGUCUCUUAAUUUGCACUCAUGUGCAGAGUGACAAGAGAAGCAUAAGCACCACCUGAAAUCUUCAUCAGUGUCUCAUGCCUUCCUUUCUCAGCAAUAACUCCGUUUUUCACAACCGCGAUCACGUCUGCGUUCUUAAUCGUCGUAAGCCGAUGAGCCACAACUACAGUGGUUCGAUUAACCAUAACUCGAUCAAGUGCAUCCUGAACAACACGCUCAGAUUCUGCGUCCAAUGCACUCGUCGCUUCAUCAAGCAACAAAAUCUUAGGAUCUUUCAAAAUCGCGCGCGCAAUCGCAAUCCUCUGUUUCUGACCGCCCGAUAGCUGAACACCGCGUUCUCCAACCGACGUAUCGUAACCCUGAGGCAAUGAGCUGAUGAAGUUAUGUGCGUUUGCGGCUUUUGCUGCUGCUAUAAUCUCUUCCUCUGUGGCUCCACCGGUUUUACCAUAAGCUAUGUUUGAUCUGAUCGUCUCGUUGAACAAAAUCGGUUCUUGACUAACCAAACCCAUCUGUUGCCUUAACCAACUCAAUUUAAAUGUCUGAAUCUCCACCUGAUCGAUCAAAAUCUUGCCUGAAUCUGGAUUAUAAAACCUCUCAAUCAUGCUUAUCACCGUUGAUUUCCCGCUCCCGCUCUCUCCA